CUCAAAACAAUAUGUCGUCGCGGACAUUCUUGUCGUUCUUGUCUUAAAAUAAACGGAAUAAUUAGAAAUGUCUUGAGCGUUUAAAGGAGAAAUUUUAACUGCCCGAUGUAUUGUUGAUUAAAUAAAGUUCAAUUAAAUUGUGAAAUCCUAAAGUUCGUAGAGUGUCAAUCGAUUUUUUUUUUGUCGAAAGAAACCAUUCGCAGAAGUGUUAGUGUCGAAAAAUAAAGAAAGAUAAAAAGUGACAUUGAAUGUGAAACGAAAUCUGUUUUUUUUCUUUUCGUAUAGCUUGCACACAAUAAUUAAAUUUUCUGGCGUAUACACGAAAUAAUGUAAUUGGCCACUUGAAACGAUGAUAAGGAAUCAAGAUCUGAACGGAAAAAAUGUUUUCUUGUACGUGCCAAUACAAUGAAGACACUACGACGGAAUUUGAGGAAAGAAAUUUUUCAUAGUUUCACUGCGACAUGUAUUUAACGAAUUUGUUCAAUGAAUGGAUGACUGCUGCUCGCUAUAAAUCUAAUUUACAAAUAUCAUGGCGUUAUUCGGCAUUCGUGCCACUUUGAUAAUAACAAUAAUUUACAUUCGAUUAAUUCGGGGUCAAUAUCAGGCCGACCAUAGUGAUAUUAUUCGGAAUGGUUGUUCAGCGACACCGGUCGACGAUAAUGUUGAUGAGAAGAAAUUGUUUUGCAAUGGCGUUUCAAUCCAAUGGCUGAUCAGUAACAAUAUUUUCGACACGGACACCAUUUACAAUGACAUUUAUAUGGAACACUUGCAAACGACCGCAAGCGAUGGAGCGUUUUUCCACGUGAAAAAUGAAAAUUCCACGGAAUAUUUGACCUGGAUCAAAAGUGACAUCAAGACAAUUCACGUGGACGCCUUACUGAUCGGGAAACGUUUCUAUAAAUUAAAAUAUUUAAAUCUGAGUGAGAACACCAUCCAAGACAUUCGGCACGAGCACUUUGUCAAAUGCAAAUCGCUAAAGAUGCUCGAUUUGUCGUACAAUAACUUAACCGUAUUCCGGCCGAAUGUAUUCAACGACAUUGCCACAUUAACAACGCUAAAUAUAAGCAACAAUCACCUCAAGUCAAUUGUAGCUGAUGGUAGAAGUGUUUUUCAUAGUCUAGUGAACUUAGUCGAGUUGGACUUGUCGCAUAAUUACAUUGACGAUCUGCCUCAUCGCGUCUUCAAUGGACUCACCGAAUUGAAGUAUCUAUCACUGGCACACAAUCGCUUGAAUUUGAUUCCAUUUCAAAUAUUCAAAGUAUUAACGAACAUCGAAGUGUUGGAUCUGUCGCACAAUCGACUGGUUCUGUUUUCCGACAAUUUUUUCAUGUCCAACAAGAAGCUGCAAGUGCUGCUACUGAACAACAAUAUCAUCGAACGUCUAUCGACAAAUGCGCUGUUCGGUUUGAGGGGGCUGCACACACUGGACCUUUCGUCAAAUGAGCUGAUCACCAUCGAUCGGAAUGCAUUUGACAAUUUGCCGUUGCUACAGUUGAAUCUGAGCGGCAAUCCGUUUGCAACCAUUUCCUCAACCACAUUUAGUACCUUGACGCAAUUGCGUCGGCUGGAUCUUAGCCGAAAUAAUUUGAGCUACCUACCAAAUGGAAUAUUUGCUAGUCAACAUGCGUUAAACGAACUGAUUAUUGAAGAUACCGCCCUGGAGAAGCUGAGCAAUUGGAUCUCACGAAAAGACAAAACCAUCGAUAAGACUGUACUGAUCAAUUUAACAGUGUGCAUCAUACGAAACAAUCGACAUUUGCAGACCAUCGAUUCCACUACAUUCCGCAAUGUGCCGGCGCUUGAACAUUUGGACUUAUCCAACAACAAUCUGCUACAAUUACCCCGGGAAAUCGGCGAAUUGCACAAUUUGUUGACAUUGAACAUCAGCGGCAAUAAGUUGGUAUCUGUACCGCAUCAGAUAGCAUCGCUGACCAAUCUGAAGCAGUUAGAUCUCAUCGGCAACGAUUUCAGUUGUGACUGUCACAUGUUCUGGAUGGUUGGCUACCUGGAAGACAUAGCAAAGACGAACAACAAUCUAUCGCUGAACAUGCAACUGUCGAAACUGAAGUGCCGAAAUGGCUAUCCCGGCGAAAUGUUGCGUGUGUUACAACAUUUGCACUGCAUCAAACCGGUGAUCAUUCAAUACACCGAAAGUACAAUGCAUCAGUUGCGCAGCGAUGCAAUAUUGGAAUGUUCAUUUUCCGGCAAUCCUGCACCGGACAUCAUUUGGGUGACACCGUCGAAUGUUAUACUGAACCAUCAUGCCGAUCCGGAUGCACGUCCGAUUCUUUACGAUAAACUGUCCGAGAAUAGUCUGAAGCAUGGCCAAAAAAUUGAAUUUCAAAAACUUACUGGGAACAGUGCCAAUUUUUCUGCAGCGGCAAGGGCUGCCGGCGUUUCACUGUUGGAUAAUGGAUCACUGAUUGUGCAUAAUAUAUCGCGAAAAGACAGCGGCCUGUACACUUGUUAUGGCUACAAUAUUAUGGGAAAUUCAACGGGCAAUAUAAGACUCUACAUCGAUCCAAUUGUUUUCUAUCGUGUCAAAAUCUGGAGCAUUGUGACUGGCAUUGUUUGUGCGACUGCAUUUUUACUACUGACUCUAAUCGUUCAGGCGAUCGGGCGAUGUUUCGAUUCACUGGGCAUCAUGGACCACUUCCGCAAGAACUGCUGUACGUGUUGCAUUCGCGAGAAAUCACCUCGCGCCAAACAAAUCUAUUCGAUGUUGGACAGCAUCGAACACUACAAAAGUCAACAGUUGGAGAAGCUGCGGGAGAACUACACACAACAGGUCCAUCGAAUCAAGGAAAAUUGUGCACAACAAGUGGAGUGGAUUCAAAACAGUUAUUCCAGUCAAGCUAAGCAUCUGAAAGACAUUAGGGAUAUUGGUACAUCGCAUCUGACUUCAUUGAAGGAACAGUACUGUGACCAGCUGAAACGAGUACGCGAAUACUCAACCGGACAAUUGAAUUGGGUACGGGAGAAUUAUGUGUUUCAGCGCAACAAGAUACGCAAGUUCAGUGCGCAUCAAGUGCUUCGCAUUCGAGAGGGCUACAAAUACCAACAGCAAACCCUGAACAAGGUCUUGGAGAAUCUCCCGAGCUUUUAUUUUGAAAAUUGUCGCGGCAAAACGGAGGAUGAAAUCAACCAAGAAUUUGAAGUCUACUUAAAGUCCAAAAUGGCUGGCCUGAACGAAACGCAACUGAAGAACUUGGAGAAUAAACUGAAACAUCUGGAAACGUUCUCCGCGAAGAGUGUGAAUGAAAGCAAGGCGUCCGUAUACUACACACCGACCGACUACACACUGAGUCCGCACACAUCACCGAUUCACAUCAACUACAUGAACGAGAAACCGGAAAGCUUUCCCGACAUUGCCGGUUUCCGGUUGAGCUUCGAACCGGAUCGUCUAGUUGGUGGCGGUAAAAUGUUGAAUAAUUUAGAGAAUAGUUGCGCGUUAAAUACUUACGACGUAGUGGAUGUGAACCAAAGUGGUGAUGAUUAUGAUGACGAAGAUGGCGCCAAAGCGAUCAAGGUAAAUAUGUUCAAUGACAUGUCACGUUCAGCUUUGUGUGACCGUCACGAAUGCGAUAAGCUUUUGAUGAAUGAUGUUACCGUUGCGCUUAAAUCGGGACGGGGCAAACGUAAACGUUAUAACAACGACUACUACUAUUCGGUUGAAAGUGUAUUCGAUGCUAAAUCAUUGUUUAAUCACAAUAUUCACCAACACAAUCAUUGUACGGAGGAAGAGCCAUCCAGCGUUGCUACGCUUGACAUUGUGGAUGUUGUUGACGAUGACACAGGGAUAACUAAUUUAACUAAAAAUAUUUGUGAUAAUCCAUUGCAGGCUAGUACCAGCUUGCCAGAAAUUCAAUUGAAUGGCAGGACAGGUGAAAAGAUGCAUGGUAAGCAUGUCUUAUUGGCUAUUCAAAAUACUGAUAAUCAUAAUAAACUAAACGAAAUGGGUGAUGUUAGUGAAAUUACAAAACUGUAGGGCUUUCUAAUUCUGAUAAACAAUUUUCGGUUGAUAAAAGACGAAAAUUCACAAAAACAAAAAUGUUUUCAGUUCUAAUCUUAGUUGAAAUUUUGAAUUUGUUCA